GGCAGCUAGUACAGUUGCUACUUUAAAGGGAGAGUUUACUCAAGAAGUUUUUUUAAUCAAGUGUCCAGUUUCAGGUUUUAGGGUACGAAAAAGUCGUAAGGUUAUACCGAAAGUAACUAACGGAACUCAUCUCCUUUCGGCAACAGGUGGCGAAGUACUUAUUCCAGUAAACUUCUGUAUAAGUGCAGUGAGACAACGUUAGCUAGCGAAGAAAGAUAACGUUAGUUGUAAUUGAUCCGUUUUAGCUGAAUUUUUGCUGGUACAGAGUUUAUUCUGCAGUAAGCUUGUUAGUUGCCGAUAAAUGUAGGUAGAUCUGUUCCCCAAAACUGUCAUAUUGUCUCCUGCUGUGCAUGCGCAGAUUUAUAAAGGUACCACUAAGCAGUGGACCUCAAUCAAAUUAGCAAGCUAGCUUCUAAGAUUUGAUCGAGCAAAUUAGCCGCAAGUUUUAGUGAUGAGUUUUUUCGGCUUUGGACAAAGUGCAGAAAUCGACAUUGUUCUUAAUGAUGCCGAGACACGGAAGAAAGCGGAGCACAAAACAGAAGAUGGCAAAAAAGACAAAUAUUUCCUCUUUUAUGAUGGCGAAACUGUCAGCGGGAAAGUAAACGUCACAUUGAAAAAUCCGGGGAAAAGACUUGAACAUUACGGGAUUAAAAUCGAAUUCAUCGGACAGAUCGAGCUGUACUAUGACAGGGGAAACCACCAUGAAUUUGUGUCCCUCGUGAAGGAUCUUGCGCGACCUGGUGAGCUGUCACAGUCCCAGACAUUCGACUUCGAAUUCACGCAUGUGGAGAAGCCUUAUGAGUCUUACACAGGCCAGAAUGUUAAACUAAGAUACUUUCUCCGUGCCACAAUCAGUCGACGGCUGAAUGACAUUAGCAAAGAAAUGGAUAUUGUUGUGCACACACUUUGUACAUACCCAGAGCUUAACUCCUCUAUCAAGAUGGAAGUGGGAAUUGAAGACUGCCUCCAUAUUGAGUUUGAGUAUAACAAAUCCAAAUACCACCUGAGGGAUGUUAUCGUAGGAAAAAUUUACUUCCUGCUUGUGAGAAUAAAAAUUAAGCACAUGGAAAUUGACAUCAUAAAACGAGAAACAACCGGCACCGGACCCAGUGUGUACCACGAAAACGACACCAUUGCCAAAUAUGAAAUCAUGGAUGGGGCACCAGUGAGAGGAGAGUCGAUUCCCAUUAGACUAUUCCUAGCUGGCUAUGAGCUGACUCCCACCAUGAGGGACAUCAAUAAGAAGUUCUCAGUGCGUUACUACCUUAACCUAGUGCUGAUCGAUGAGGAGGAGCGACGCUACUUCAAACAACAGGAAAUUAUUCUUUGGAGGAAAGGGGACAUUGUUAGGAGAAGCAUGUCUCAGCAGGCCGCCAUUGCUUCUCAGAGAUUUGUGGGAAGUUCAGAAACUGCUGCUGUACAAGCCAAAGAGGAGAGUAAAUAAGAGUUCUUUCUUUUUGUUUGUUUUUAUUAAGACAUGCCUACCAGCUCGAAUGAUUUUUUUCGUCACUGUCAGGAUAGCCUUUUUAUACCACAGCUGUGAAAGGGACAGGAAGGGAUGGGGAGACAUUUUAUGCUAGGUGAGAAACGUUAAGAGCCAGAAUGAGGAAUGAGGAUAUUCAUGACCUCAUCAAUAUAAGUCAAAUGUAUAUUAGUUAUUCAGAGUUGGGUUUUUUUUUCUUUUAUCCUUUAAGUGUGCGUGAGCUUCUCUAACUACAGUCUAAAGUAUCCUUUUAAUUUGUGUCUUCAUGUCCGGCCAAAAUAAGAGAAGCCUGAAAAAGCAAAGCUGUUGACCGUAAAUGGGUGUUUGCUACGUCAGAUGUAAUCGUUCAGUUGGUGAUUCCACACGAUACGUAUGAGUUUUAUUUCAAACAGAAUCACGUAGGACUGUACUGAUCAUUAGAUCAUGAAUGCAUUCCUGAGCUUUUUUUUUUAAAAAAAAACAACAAAAAAAAACGAGAUCAGUUAAGCGAAAAUAUUUUUGCACUGAUAAAUAUGAUUUACCCUAGUGAUAAAUUUCUAUUCUAUGAAUGUGAGUAUAUGAAGUUGGCACUGGAUUGGGGGUGUAAGAAGUAUGCUUUUUUUUAUUAUUAUUCAUGUAUUUUUCUUCUUGUGGUUGGGUAAUAGUGUUCUGCGCAGUAUUACUCUUGAAAUUCUGGCUUCUAAAGUGUAGUAAAUGAAGGACUACACAGAAAUGUACAUACUAUAUACAAAAAGGGAAUAAAUCAUAAAGCUACUAUUUCAAUAA